AUGUCACGGUUCUUUAGCGCCAACCCCCACCCCACAUCGAUCGUCAGCACCGAACGUAUACGGUACGAGAUUGAGCGCGCACGCGACUCGACGGUGACCACACAAUUGCGCAAUGCCGGCAGAAGGGCCUCGAAAUCAUUGAAGAACUCGAACAUUCAUGCGUCAAACAAGGAGCCCGCCGGCGAAUCGAAUGCGAAAACCGGGAGCGCUGCGAGCGUCGAGAGGGUCAAGCGUGGAGGGCAAAUGGCCGGGCCGUCCACCAUGUUGAGCGCCUCGGCGACACCCACUCAGAGGUCAUACACUCCCCAACCACCACAGCAGCAGCAGCAACCGCAGCAGCAGCAAUCACAGCAGCCGCAGCAGCAAAACCAGCAGCCCGGGAACCCCCGACCGAGUCUGGAACGCGAUGGCCUGCAGCCCCCCGUUCCUAAUGGCGGUCGCAACCUCUCGGCCUCCGCCGUGAGCUUUGCAUCCCGUGCCCCGUCGCUCAACCCAUCGCCCAUGCCCGGCAGCUUCAGCUCUGAACUCCGUAGCCAGACAAACAUCUCUCGUGCCGGUUCGCGACUCGACAUGUUCCCUGCGCUGGAAAAGUUGGACGAGGACGACGAUGACCCGGGCCAGGAAAAGACCAUCACCCACCUGCGCGAGGCCCUCGGCCGCGAGAUGAAGAUCAAGGAGGGGAGCGAGAACAUGUUGGAAGCGCUGAACUCUAAGAAAGCGAAGCAAACCAAAGAGCAACGGCAAAGAGUCGAGGCCGAGCUGAACUCGUCCAACCUACGGAUCAAGGAGUUGCGCCAGAAGAUCACAGACGCACAGCGGGUAAAGGCCGCGCCCACCACACCCACGCGGACGAGGACAGAGGCCUUGUUCCCCGGCCCCAAUGGCUUGCGCUCUCCCCCUAGCGCUUCUCGGAGCGGCGUCGGGUCCGAUAUCGACGAGCCAACCGAAUCACCAACCUUUGCGCUUACCGAGAUCCUGCAGGCCCUGGAAGUGGAGGGCAUGACCCCAGACUACUACGUCUCCAGGGCGAACAGCUUGGUUGACCUUUUCAAGCGGCACCCCACACUCAAGUAUGACUUGGUGUGGUCCGUGUUCGGCCUCCGAAUGCAAGCCAUGCUCCUGAGCGAGAGCCGUGAGGUGGUCGCCGCAGGGUAUAGGAUGAUACGAUAUGCCAUUUCGGACAUCAGCUCCAUCAGAAACAUACGUGCUCUCAAUACUGACUAUCUUGUUACGUGGGCUGUCGUCAGGUCGAUAGCUGCGGCGGCAGAAGAGCCUGAAGAGAGGUUACGGCCAAUCUGCAUCGAGACCCUGGCCGAGAUCCUCGUCCGUGAUCCUCGCCUGCUGAUUGCUUCCGGAGGGAUGGCCCCUUUGCAUGAAGCGUUGGCCGACGGUUCAUACAAGGCAUCCGAGAGCUUGACGGCAGCAUUCCUCUACCUUUUGGACGCGCCGCAUCGACGGCAAUACCUACGUCCUGGGAACGAGCUUGAGAUACUCUUCACUGCCUUCACUGACGAGUUGUCUUCCAACGAGCGGUUCCUAAAGCAGAGCGUCAAGGCCGUGACCUCGGCUCUGAGAACGUGGUCCGGGCUUAUGAGUUUGUCCAUGUACAAUUUUCGUGCCAUCAAGUCCAUGAUCACCAGUAUGGUCGUGCAAGCCGGACCUAUCCGCGAGACCAUCAUGGAUCUCAUCUUUUCCCUUCUCCGCAUCAAACCCCCGGCAUGGGCCACGUCAUUUUUAGCCGGCCGGCGGCUCACCACAUAUGGUCGAGUCACGAAUCUCAAGUCGGCUACUAAGGGCUCCCAAACCGAAUACGAAGACGACGGGGGAGAACAAAAUUUCCUGGAGCACUACACGACCCUCUUGCUUGCCGUAUUUGUCAAAUCCGGAGUCGUUCCGGCUCUUCUCGAACUCACCCAAACAAACGAAAGCGCGACCCUUCGGCGAAAAUCGACGCUGUUGAUAGGAGAGGUGUUGAAGUUGGCCAGCCGCCUGCUCCCACCCUCCUGGAGUAGUGACUUACAACUACUUCCCGAUUUGUUCAUCUCGGCCGCCAAACUCAAAGACGAAAGUCAUUUUGCGGCCACCGGGGUCAUUUACCAGAUAAGCAGUGUCAGCAGAACACUGUACCGGUCGUCCCCAUCGUCCUACCUCCCAUCCGCGCACCACAGCAUGGACCUCAACGCGCUCGACGAGCACCCGAAGGCCAACACAUCAACAAACUUUGAUGAUGGGACGUUCAGGCAGCUUCUCCUCGAGUCAAAUGUUCUCAGCAGUUCCAAUUACACGAAAUGGAAUUGGGAGGUCAUGAUCAGGCUCAUUGAAGGGCCCCUGACAAGUGGCAAGCGGCUUGAGGAGGCCAUCAAGGCGUCCAAGUUCAUAAAACGCAUCAUGAGCUUUUACCGGCCGUUCAAGUACAAGUUUUCGGAAAUCAAGAGCUCAAGGAGCACACAAAAGUACGUCCGGACCGGGUGCGCCUUGAUGCACGCCCUGCUUCAGAGCCCCGAAGGUGUCAAAUACCUGUCCGACAACAAGCUGCUUCGCCAAGUUGCCGAAUGCUUAGCCCAGUGCGAUCCCACCAGCGGAUUGACCGCACAAGACCCUAUGUUCUCCAAGGACCGUCUCGCCGACACCCUUUGCGGUGGUUACUUCCCCAUGCUCGGCGUCCUGACCGCAGAUGUCAAGGGGUUACAGAUGAUGGACCGGUGGCGCAUCUUCAAUAUGAUGUACCGCAUUCUCGACCUGAAGCAGCGGCCGGACCUCAUCAAGUUGAUGCUCUCCAAUUUUGACUAUUCCCUCCAGGGCCACCCACGAGUGCUUCUGUCCAAGGCUCUGACAGCCGGGACGAAAGAUAUUCGGAUUUACGCGACAAACGCAUUGAGGAGGUUUGCUACACACCCGCGGAUGGGACCGCAUGGCCCGGAACCCGGUGAUUCAAAGUGGGCGAUCCAGCUUCUUGUGACGCAGCUGUACGACCCGGAAGUUGAAGUGUGCGCCACUGCGGUCAAGAUUCUUGAAAAGGCUUGCAACACAAAGAAUCAUCUCGAGUAUAUUGUCGAAUGCCGGCCAGCGCUGGACCACCUAGGCGAGAUAGGAGCUCCUCUUCUUCUACGCUUCCUCUCGACAUCGAUCGGAUACCAUUACCUGGAUGGGCUAGACUACAUUAGCAACGAGAUGGACGACUGGUUCCUGGGCCGAAACGACUCGUACGUUGGUGUUAUCGAAGCAAGCCUCGCGCGGUCUUUCAUGGACCACCAGGACGAUCACACGAACCGAAUCAGCGUGUUUGACGAGCAGCAAGAGAUGGAGGCCGACAACCACGUACCACCACACUUCUACCGCGAACUAACCCGGACACAAGAGGGUUGUAAACUGCUUAGCGAUAAGGGCCACUUUGCCGAAUUUGCCGCCACGAUCCGCGAGUACGGCAUGCAGUCCGACGACCACGAAAUGAUGGUCAAGGUGAAGGGCUGCCUCUGGGCCGUAGGCAAUGUCGGCUCGAUGGAGCUCGGCGCGCCCUUCCUCGAAUCCUGCGACGUGGUGGAGCAGAUCAUCGAGAUCGCCCAGAACCACGAGGUCAUGAGCCUGCGCGGGACCGCCUUCUUCGUUCUCGGGCUCGUCUCCCGCUCCAUCCACGGCCUCGAGAUCCUCUCGGAAAACGGCUGGGACGCAAACACCAACAUCCUCGGCCACUCCUUCGGCCUCUGCAUCCCCACGGACCUCUCCCAGUUCUUCUCCCUCAAGCCCUGGCACCACACCCCCGUUACCGCCCUCGAGCUCCCCGAUAGCCAAAAGACCGAAACCGCCAAGCUCCCCGCCGUACCAUCCCGCCCGCGCUCCGAGUCGCUCAUCAAAGCGCUGCAGGAGGCGGAGCAAGAAGCCGCUGUGGGCGUCGCGGCAGGACUGGCACUGUCGGACGCGCUGCCGCCGCGCGUGGAGCUCGACCCGGACCCGACCAGCCACCGCAUCCUGGAGCUGGUCAUCGACAUGUCCAACAUGGUGCUCUACCGCCGCGCGCGCAACGAGCUGAUGCAAAUCAAGACGCAGGGGCGCGCCGCGGGCUUCGCGCAGCCCCGCCUGUUUCGCAAAGUCAUGUCGCUGCUGGAGUGUCAUCACUAUCGUUUGGUGGAUCGGAAUAUGAUUGUCGGGUUGUUUGAGAAGAGCGUGCUGCGGGCGGUGGUGUAUGGCGAGGAUGAGAGUGGUGUGAGUGGGAGUGGGGAGGGGGAGAGCAGUGAUGAUGGGGAUGAUAGUGAUGAUGACGAGGAUGAGGACGACGAUGAGGAGGAGGAUGAGAGGCGGGUGGAGACGAACGUGGCGGCUAGGGGUGGGAGGGAAAGUGGGAGUGAGAGUGAAGGGGAGGAAGAUGGGGAGGAGGAGGAGCAGGAUGGAGAGGAAGAGGAAGAGGAAGAGGAAGAAGAGGGAGAAGGGGGCGGGGACAGUUCGGGCGAUGAACAGCGUACCGAGCGGCAGAGGAGUGUGAGCGACCCGGCAGACAUCAAGAGACGGGGGAUGACGAUGGGGCUCGGCCGGUAG